GCCCUCGCCGCCGGGCCGCGGGCCGGCCGCGGGCCCGGAGGACGGCGCUCGCCUGCGCGCGGUGUUCGACGCCCUGGACCGAGAUGGGGACGGCUUCGUCCGCAUGGAGGACUUCAUCCAGUUCGCCACCGUCUACGGGGCGGAGCAGGUAAAGGACUUAACCCAGUAUUUGGAUCCAAGUGGGCUUGGUGUGAUCACUUUCGAGGACUUCCACCAAGGGAUCAUGGCCAUCACAAACGGAGAUCCCGAUGGCCAGCUGUACAGUGUGGAGCCUGCCCAGGAUGAGGGUCCCACUGCCUGUGUGGACGAGUUUGACGACUUUGUCACCUAUGAGGCCAACGAGGUGACGGACAGCGCAUAUAUGGGCUCUGAGAGCACCUACAGCGAGUGUGAGACCUUCACAGACGAGGACACCAGCACCCUGGUACACCCUGAGCUGCAGCCUGAGGGGGACGCCGACAGCGCGGGCGGCUCGGCCGUGCCCUCGGAGUGCCUGGACACCACGGAGGAGCCGGGCCACGGGGCGCUGCUGCUGCUCCCGGGAAGGUCGCGCUCGUGUGGCCAGGCUGUUGUGAUGGUGAUUGGCGGAGAAGAGCAUUUUGAGGACUACGGUGAGGGCAGUGAAGCAGAGCUGUCCCCAGAGACUAUGUGCAACGGUGAACGGGACUGCAGCGACCCUUCCUUUCUUACCCCCAGUUCCGACCCACUUGCUUCAAAGCUGCGCAACAUCCUCACUGAUGAGGCCUUUGAGUUUUACUGUAGCCAGUGCCACAAACAAAUCAACCGCCUUGAGGACCUUUCUGCCCGCCUGAAUGAUCUUGAGAUGAAUAGCCCAGCCAAGCGGCUCUCCAGCAGGAAGGUGGCAAGGUACCUGCACCAGUCGGGGGCUCUGACUAUGGAGGCCCUGGAGGACCCUCCCCCAGAUCCCGCAGAGGGCCUAGAGGAAGACAUUGCUGACAAGGUUGUCUUCUUGGAGAGGAGGGUGUCAGAGCUGGAGAAGGACAGCGUGGCUGCUGGGGAGCAACAUGGCCGGCUGAGGCAGGAGAACCUCCAGCUAGUGCACAGAGCCAACGCCUUAGAGGAACAGCUGAAGGAGCAGGAGUUGAGAGCCAGUGAGAUGGUCCUGGAAGAGGCCCGGAAGCAGAAGGAGCUCUUGUGCAAAAUGGAGCGCGAGAAGAGCAUCGAGAUUGAAAACCUGCAGGCCAGGCUGCAGCAGCUGGAUGAGGAGAACAGUGAGCUGCGGUCCUGCACGCCCUGCCUGAAGGCCGCCAUCGAGCGUCUGGAGGAGGAGAAGCAGAAGUUGCUGGAUGAGAUUGAAGAGCUGACACUGCGGCUCAGUGAAGAGCAAGAGAACAAGAGGAAGAUGGGGGACAGGCUGAGCCAUGAGAGGCACCAGUUCCAGAGAGACAAGGAGGCAACGCAGGAGCUUAUUGAGGACCUCCGGAAGCAGCUAGAGCAUCUGCAGCUCCUCAGGCUGGAGACAGAACAAAAACGGGGCCGCAGCAGUAGCCAGGGUCUGCAGGAGUACAACAGCCGUGCCCGAGAGAGUGAACUGGAGCAGGAGGUCCGAAGGCUCAAACAGGACAACCGCAACCUGAAGGAGCAGAAUGACGAGCUGAAUGGACAGGUCAUCACCCUCAGCAUCCAGGGCGCCAAGAGCCUCUUCUCCACAGCCUUCUCUGAGUCCCUGGCUGCAGAGAUCAGCUCCGUCUCCCGCGAUGAGCUCAUGGAAGCAAUCCAAAAGCAAGAAGAGAUCAACUUCCGCCUACAGGACUACAUCGACAGGAUCAUCGUGGCCAUCAUGGAGACCAACCCGUCCAUCCUGGAGGUCAAGUAGAACAGCAGAGCCCUGGGCUGGUCCAGGGCUCCAUGAGUACACUGGAGUGGCCCUGCCUCACCACUCCCAGCUAAGGCCCCCAGACCCCACAGCCGGCUGAGCCGGGGGCCGACAGGCCCUCACAAGGCCGGGCUGGGCACGUGAAGACGGGCUGCGGAAGGUGGAGGGUAGUAAGAAGCCAGGAAGGGAAGCCCAGGUAGCAGACAAGGAGCGAGGCUGGGCCUGCUGCUGGCUCCGCCCUUCGGGGGAGCCAGGGCCCCUCACCCCGUCACCCAGCCCACAGUCACCUGUGUCUUCUCAGCAGUGGUGGGCUUGGGGACAGUCUCAGGCUGGGGUGAGCCACCCUGUGUCUCCUCUGUGGCAGACCCUCUUCCCGCCAUGCGGCCCUAUGGGAAGAGCCCGCAGCUUUCUACUCAGGCCUCCUGACAGGUGCCGCCCACGCCUGGCAUGCGAGCCCUGGGCCCUCACGGGGGAUGACGGUGGGGGUAGGACAGCAGGCAAGGCUGGCGCGUGUGAGUCGGGCUGGGAGUGGCUCAGGUUGUCCACCAGGCGGCCGUCAGGCCACAUCUGGACCAGGGCCCCAGAGCCUUGCAGUCACUCCGAUGGCGUGAACCUCGCUGCUCUUCCCUCAGGUUCUGCCCCUCCUGUGGGGCCCUAGGCCAGGAGCCCAUCAGGAGCCUUUGCUCUGAGCAGAGGACUUGAGAACUCCCUUCCCGGAUGGGUGGACAUACUGACCCCUCUGCCUCUAGUUGCAGGUGCUGCUUCUUUGCAGAGAUGUGACUUUCUCUGGCCGCCUAGAGCCUAGCACCCGAUAGUGCAUAGUGCCCAUCACUGCCCUGGGUGAAGGCACGCUUCUCAGGCCUCUGGAACCAGGUUUCCCUUUUGGUGUCUGACUAAGUCAUAAGGGUAUAUUUUGUAGGAGGGCAGGCUGGGAGACUGCACACAGACGAGGGACAGAGGAGCCCUUACCACCCUACCCUGCACUGCCCCAGAGUGGCAUCACCCACAAGCUGCUCGACCUGCCUGGGCCUGGGCCCUGGCCGGCAGCCCCAGUGCCCCGGGGUGGCUGGAAUCCCGCCACAAAGACUGUCUGUCCACUGUGUGCGAGUGUGUGCACGCCAGCAUGAGUGUGCACACAGGCGUGCGUGUGCGUGUGCUCACACAUGCUGCCUGCAUCCCUCCACUGCCCCCACCCACCCUCUACACUACAGUUUAAGAUGUUGCCGCAUAUUGUACAUUUUGGGGAAAGCCUUGGGUGUAAAUCAGUGUAAACUUGGAGGAGAGAUUUUUCUAUCACGUAGAGUAGGUAUUUUUUAUAGAUUGAAGGUUGAUCAAUUUUUUUAAUACUUUCCAGAGAGAAAACUAUCUGUGUAUACACAUGAAAAAAAUAUAUAUAUAUAUGUAUAUGUAUAAUAUAUAAA